AUGCCUACGGAUACUUGCUACGACUUCCCGCUGCUCAAGGACGAGGUGAGCGCCAUCGUGCAGGACGCCGUGCUCAGUGUGCUGGAGGGCAACGUAUACGACAACUCCAAGGUGAAUGACUGGGUCAACAUGGUCACGAACGCAUGCAUUGAAGACUUAAAGCGCCUCUGUCCAAAUUUCAAGUAUAUCGUCACCUGUUUCGUCCGACAACGCAAGGGGGGAGGACUCGAAGUCAGCAGUGGCGCGUAUUGGGACGAGAAAUCCGAUGGGUCAUGCACCGUGUCGUGGGAGAAUGCUACCAUCACGGCAGUGCUCUACGUCUACGGACUAGCCAUCUAG